AUGGCGGGCGUUUGCAGGCUUCCGGCACUCCGCAGCCGAGGCCCGGCCGCUCCGCGGGCCGGCCCCAGGCCCCUGCCCCUGAGGGCCGUGUCCGCCGACAGGCCCUCCGGGCAUGUCGCUUUUGGCGCGAAGCUCGCCGGGCUGGGCGAUCGCCGGCGGCCCCUGCUAUCCAAGGCGCCGAUCGGCCCCUCGGAGCCCAUUCGGCGGCCAACCGUCCACGUCGAGGCCUCUGAUGCUGCGGCGCCGGCCGCCCAGGACCCCGGCAUCCAGUGGGGGGCCGACCUGGGCAAGCUGGCCCUGUGCGUGGGGCUGUCCGCCCUCGUGUGGUUCGCGCCGCCGCCGUCGGGCGUCACAUCCCAGGCCUGGCACCUGCUGUCCAUCUUCCUGGGGACCAUCGUAGGCAUCGUGACCACGCCUCUGCCGCUGGGCGCGGUGGCCAUGCUGGGGCUUGGGGCCACCAUGCUCACCAAGACGCUGACUUUCUCGGCGGCCUUCAGCGCCUUCGCCACGGAGAUCCCGUGGCUGAUCGCCAUCGCCUACUUCCUGGCCGGCGGCUUCCAAAAGUCUGGUCUGGGCCAGCGCAUCGCCUACAUGAUCGUCUCCGCCUUCGGCAAGACCACCCUGGGGCUGACCUACUCCCUGGUCUUCGCCGAGGCCCUGCUGGCGCCCACCAUCCCCUCGGUGGCCGCGCGCGCCGGAGGGAUCUUCUUCCCCCUCGCCCGCGCCCUGUGCAAGGCGUGCGGCUCGGACCCCGAAGAGGGCACGGAGAAGAAGAUGGGCGCGUACGUCAUGGCCACGUGCUUCCAGACCAGCACCAUCUCCUCCGCCAUGUUCAUCACCGCCAUGGCGGCCAACCCGCUGGCGGUGACCCUGGCCCAGUCGGCCAUCAACUACAACAUCACCUGGGGCGUGUGGGCGCAGGCGGCCAUCGUUCCUGGCCUGGCGUGCCUGAUUGCCGUGCCCGCCAUCCUGUACGUCCUGUUCCCGCCGGAGACCAAGGACACGCCGGACGCGCCCCGGCAGGCGCAGCGGGAGCUGGACCGCCUGGGCCCCGUUUCCACGGACGAGAAGAUCACCGGCUUCGCGCUGCUCGUCACCGUCAGCCUGUGGAUCUUCGGCAGCACCCUGGGGAUCAACAGCGUGGCGGCGGCCAUUGUGGGCCUCACCAUCUUGCUGGUCACGGGCGUCGUCAAGUGGAAGGAGUGCCUGUCCAACAACGCGGCGUGGGACACGCUGACCUGGUUCGCUGCGCUGAUCGCCAUGGCGUCCUACCUCAACAAGUUCGGCUUCAUUGCGUGGUUCUCGGACAAGGUGGUGGGGGUCGUGGGCGGCCUGGGCCUGGGCUGGCAGGCCGCGUUCGCCCUCGUGGCCGUCAUCUACUUCUACUCGCACUACUUCUUCGCCUCGGGCGCCGCCCACAUCGGCGCCAUGUACACGGCGUUCCUGUCGGUGGCGGCCGCCUGCGGCGCCCCCGUCAAGCUGGCGGCGAUCGCGCUGGGGCAGCUGUCCGACCUGAUGGGCUGCCUGACGACCUACGGCAUCGGCUCCGCGCCGCCGUACUUUGGCUCCGGGUACGUCAACCAGGGGGACUGGCUGAAGAUCGGCUUCAUUCUGUCCGUCUUCUACUUGGUGGUGUGGCUGGGCCUCGGCGGCGUCUGGUGGAAGUUCCUGGGCCUUUGGUGA